AAACGGAGAGCGUCCCGGUGCUGACUAGUGGCUUUUCCCUCCCUUCUAUAAAAGCCAGCGCUGCCCCUCCUGCUGCAGUCACUUCUGCUCCGGCUCGGCCAGCAUGAGUUUCACGGUGGACCACCACUUCUUCAGCCCGACCUUGUACCGCAAGGCUCGGCCAGCCUCGGCGUCGUCCAGCGGCUUCCACUCGCAGCGCCGCCGCCUCGCCUACAGCCAGCCGUCCUCCCUGGACAGCCUGGACGCCUUCAACGGCGACAUGACGCGGAGGAGCGAGAAGGAGAUCCUGCAGGCGCUCAACGACCGCUUCGCCGGCUACAUCGAGAAGGUGCGCAACCUGGAGAUGCACAACCGCAACCUGGAGGCGGAGGCGGCGGCGCUGCGCCAGAGCCAGGCCGGACGCGCCUCGGUCGGGGAGCACUACGAGCGCGAGCUGAGCGACCUGAGGGGCGUCCUGCAGCAGCUGACCGGGGAGAAGGCCCACGCGGCUCUGGAGCACGACCACCUGGAGGAGGACAUCCAGCACCUCCGGGCGAGGCUGGAGGACGAGGCGCGCAACCGCGAGGAGCUGGAGGCCGCCGCGCGCACCAUGAAGAUCUACGCCGAGGAAUGCCGGCUGGCGCGGAUGGACCUGGACAAGAAGCUGCGCGCCCUGGAGGAGGAGGCGGCCUUUUUGCGGAAGAACCACGAGGAGGAGGUGUCGGAGCUGCUGGCGCAGAUCCAGGGCGCCCAGGUGAGCUUCGACAUGCGGGACACGCUCAAGAUGGACGUGACUUGCGCACUGCGAGAGAUCCGUGCGCAGCUGGACAGCCAGGCGUCCAAGAGCGCGACGCACGCCGAGGAAUGGUUCAAAGUGCGCAUGGAUUGCCUGUCUGAGGCUGCCAGGUCCAACCAGGACGCGAUCCGCGGGUCCCAGGAGGAGAUCGCAGAAUACCGCCGUCAGCUGCAGAGCCGCACCAUCGAGCUGGAGACUCUGCGCGGAACCAAAGAGUCACUGGAGAGGCAGCGCAUGGAGAGUGAAGACAGACACUACGACGACCUCAAGUCGCUACAGGAGACCAUCAAUCAGCUGGACAACGAGCUGAAAACCACUAAAUGGGAGAUGGCCAGUCAGCUGAAAGACUACCAGGACCUGCUGAAUGUGAAGAUGGCUCUAGAUAUAGAGAUUGCUGCGUAUAGGAAGUUGUUGGAGGGAGAAGAGAAACGCUUUGUGUCAGGAGGAAGCCCAUACUCCUACCUGGAAGGCAGAAUCUCUGCCCACUUGAAAAUGAAGGGUGAAGAGAUCUCUGAUACUGUCAUUGUGGAGGAACAGACAGACGAGACCCAGGUAACAGAAGUGACAGAGGAGGCAGAGGAGGAGGAAGAGGAGGAUAAGAAAGAAGAGGAAGAAGAAGAGCAAGGUGAGGAAACCAAGGAUGAGGAGGGCGAAGGUGAGGAAGAGGGAGAUAAGGAGGAGGAGGGAGAGGGAGAAGAAGAGGAAGAAGCAGAGAAGGAGGAAAAAGAGGAGGAAGGAGAAGAGAAGGGUGAGGAAGAGGAGGCAGCUGAGGAGGAAGAGACCUCCAAAUCUCCAGAAAAAGGUGCAUCCCCUCCUUCAAAAUCCCCUCAGCCCAAAUCUCCAGCAGUCAAAUCACCAGAGUCUAAAUCUCCACCAAAAUCACCAGAACCAAAAUCACCAGCAGCCAAAUCACCGAUGCCAACAUCUCCUGCUAAAUCGCCUGCAGUCAAAUCCCCUGCAGGAGACGAGUCCAAGUCCCCGGCCCCGAAGUCCCCGGUCCCGAAGUCCCCGGUGUCAAAAUCCCCACCCAGCAAAAGCCCAGAACCAAAGUCUCCAGAGAAGGAGAGGGCUGAGCCUGCUGCUGCCAAAGACACCCCGAAGGAGGAGAAGAAAGAGGAGAAGCCUCAGCCUGUGAAGGAGGAGAAGAAGGAGAAAGAGCCCCCUGUGAAGGAGGAGAAGAAGACGGAGCCCAAAGACCAGGAGCCCAAGAGCCCAGCGGAGAAGGCAGACAAGCCCGACCCAAAGAAGGAGAGCAAGGCGGACGAGGCGCCGAAGAAGGACGACGCCCCGAAACCCGCCGCCCCCAGCAAGCCUGCAGAGGAGAAGCCCGCUCCCAAGCCUGAGCCUAAAGAAGCAGCUCCCCCCGCCAAGGAGGAGAAACCGGCUGCUCCUAAGGCCGAGAAGGCCCAACCCGAGGCAAAGCCCGCCCCCAAAGCAGAACCCGCCAAGGCGGAGGCCAAGAAGGAGGAGAAGAAGCCGGACGAGAAGCCUGCAGCCAAAGCUGAGCCCGAGAAGACGGAGAGCAAGAAGGAGGAGAAGAAGCCCGAGGAGAAGAAGGACAGCAGCAAAGACGAGAGCAAGGCCGUGAAGGACGAAGGCAAGAAAGCGGAGAAGUCCUCUGGCACCGAGGCGAAGGAGAGCAAGGAGGAGAAGGCCAAGAAGUGAGGGGCUGAGGGCCGAGCGGAGACACAGAGCUGUUGAGACGGACGCGUCGCUGUCCACCACCAAGCAGGUCACGGUAUGUAAGCAAUAGUUUAGCAAAUAAUCCCCCUGCUCCCCAAGUAUGGCCACCGCCCCCCCCCUCCCCCCCGACGCUUCUGAUGUAUGACUGCAGUGAAUGCAGAACGCUGUAAACUCCUCUGAAUGUGACAACUGCCCUUAAUAAAUAACAAGUGCAUUUAAAGUGAAUCCCGCUGACGGGAGCGCAGGGGCCUGCUGUUUGUAGAGAUGUCAAAUCAAUGUCCAGCUAAAGAUUGUGGCAGAUGUUGAAUAUACAAAUGUCUAUAUUAUAUUUACAGAUAGCUGAAAGAAAAGACUUGAACUUUGCUUGUUGUGCACCUUAAUUCAGCUUCCUGACAGGUGAACUGAAAUGAUUCACUCUUCUGGUAUGUAACGCUAGGACAAUGACUGUGCUAUGUAUAAACCGCAGAGAAUAUGCACUAUGAAAAACAGAUGAAUAAAGACCGAAGCGUCAAACACUCAAA